AUGGCGAAGAUCAUACUCUCCAUUAACGCUGGAUCCUCGUCGGUGAAGAUAUCCGUUUUCUCCGCGAGUCAAGGCCGGUCGCCAAAACAGAUUGCUGAGACUCAGAUUGACGGUCUUACAUCGCCUCCGCCUCGACUGAAGUACACGCGUGGUUCCAAACCAAUCCACAAGGGCGAAGAAGUGUCGAGCAAAAUCUCGAGUCAGAAUGAUGCGUUCAAACACAUGCUGGACAUGUUGAUAGGAGAUCCAGAGCUGAGCGAGAUCAAUUCGAAAGAAGAUGUUGGCAUCGCAUGCCAUCGCGUAGUCCAUGGCGGAGACUACGAGGAGCCAAAGAUCAUUGACAAAGAAACAUACGACCAUCUGGAAGUACUCACCGACCUCGCUCCGCUCCACAACUCCUCAGCUUUGGAAAUCGUACGCUUUUGCAUCUCGGAUCUUCCCCAUACGCGGAACAUAGCAGUCUUCGAUUCCCAGUUCCACCAUACAAUUCCCGAGCACAUACGCACUUACCCCAUAAACCAAGAGAUCGCUCGGAAAAAUAAAUUGAGAAAAUACGGCUUCCAUGGAAUCAGUUAUUCUUUUAUAACUAGAAGCGUAGCUGAAUUUCUGGGCAAAGACAUCGGGAAAACCAGCUUGAUUAUCCUCCAUCUGGGCAGCGGCGCAUCUGCCUGCGCUGUAAAGGAUGGAAAGAGCUGGGAUACUUCCAUGGGACUGACACCUCUGGCGGGCUUGCCUGGUGCAACGAGAAGUGGUAGUGUUGACCCCAGUCUGGUUUUUCACUACGCCUCCGACGUUGGUAAACUCUCGCCAGCCUCGACCUCUUCUUUGCACAUCUCGCGCGCUGAAGAAAUCCUCAAUAAAGAAAGUGGAUGGAAAUCAUUGACCGGUACCACAAACUUUGGAACGAUUGCAUCCUCCUCGGAGAGGUCUCACAAACUUGCAUUCGACAUCUUAGUCGAUAGAAUCUGUUCGUACAUUGGAAGUUAUUAUGUGACUUUACAUGGAAACGUGGAUGCCCUCGUCUUUGCUGGUGGCAUUGGGGAAAAGAGUAGCAAACUGAGAAAACGAGUCACAGAAGACGUAGGCUGCCUGGGAUUUACCAUUGAUGAGGAAGAGAAUGACAAGGAAAUAUCCGGCAUCGUGCAAGAUGUUGGAGCAAGAGACGCACGACACCGAACACUGGUGUGUGCUACUGAUGAGCAGUUUGAGAUGGCGAGAUUGUGUGCCACGGAUGAGCAGUUGUUUAGUUGA